AUGAUGCGAGCUGACAACCUGCUCAUUUCAAUGCACAUAUUCGUCCGAGCAGUCCUGGCCAACUACAACUACUACAAUACACAGAUGUCACCGCCGAGAUUGGUACGGUAGCUACCUGGUCCCUUCCGUUCAUCUUUCCGUUUUCAGGAGUGCGGCUCAGAAGGCAUCCGUCUGCACGUCAGUCCCACUGGAUCCUUCGGUGGGCACGUUUACGUGCGUGGCUUCUUCCCGCAAACGUGAGUCAUUGACCCAUAACGGUUGCACUUGAGCGAACUGGAAGGGUGGACAGUUGUUUAUUGUCGCGAAAUGAGUGAAGGAUCGGAAUGUAAAUUGCAAGGACACUAAACGAUCCCUCACUUCACGGUCAGACAAAAAUGAACUGAGUAGAAUAAAAUUCUCCCGGGACAAUGUUUCCUUCCAGAGUGUGUCACUUGAACUACUGCACCCGUCUCACGAACCAACCGAUCAUCAUGGAUCUUCCGUUCCGAGGACCGUGCAACGUCAGAAGACGUCGGAAUGUAAGUGGGGGAACAGUUGGACGAAUCAGUCGAGCACCUGCCAUCCCAGGUGACACCGCCGUCAAUCUCGUACGACGUGACCGUCAUUAUACAACAUCAUCCGCUGUUCGUCACCUCAUUCGACAAGGCGUACCGUUUGAAUUGCAUUUAUAGGCAGCAGGAGUCUCUUUUGCAACAGAGACUGAAUGUUUCGUGAGUGGAGAGCAAGUUUGGACAGUUCAAAACGAAGCUUUUCAGUGACAUUCCGUCGACGGCGUUACAGAGCAAAAGUGCUCCCAAGUGCCGGUACGACGUUCUCUCGGGAUCUCUGAACGGACCUGUCGUUCGAUUCGCCAAUGUGGGCGAUGUCGUCGUGCAUAAAUGGACUUGCGAUAGUGGUAUUCGUCCUGAUCGGAGUGGCUGUCCGAUUGCAUACAAAUUUCAGAUCGAUUCGGAUUCGUAGUGCAUUCCUGUGUAGUUCGGGAUGAAUCCGGAAAGGACUUCCAGUUCAUUGACGAGCGAGGGUAUUUUUUCAGUCGCCUCCUGUCUCUUCCAUGCCCAAAAACUUUCAGAUGUGUCACAGAUGCCAGUCUCUUCCCCGAAGUGACAUAUUCCAAUGACCUGCAGUCCGCUUUCACUGCCGUUCGUGCUUUCCGUUACGCAGAUCAGGUCAUGGUUCAUUUCUCUUGCCAGAUAACAACUUGCAGAAGACAUGAGAAUGGAUGCGAGGGCAUUUCGGUCAGCAGAUCUUCUGGUGAACUGUUUCAAAGUAAUUUUCAGCCUCCAAUCUGUAGACCGUUGGAUCUCGGCCCUAUAAAAGUUCACUACGUGAAGCACAACGAAAACGAGAGCGCAACUGCUCCGAAGGAAAACGUGCAGACGCUGUCACCGAGGACAGAGACCACUUCCUCCCGUCCUUCGACCACUUCCUCCCGUCCUUCGACCACCUCCACCUCAACCGCCCGUUCGAUAUCUACUCGCCCUGUCACCUCCACCGUCUCAUCAACCACUUCUUCCCGACAAAGACCGCAACACGAUGAAGUGAGUUCACUCACUGAUCCCACACUUUUUCAUUACUUUUUUCAGAAUACAUCGAACAAGUUCGGGAAUGGAUACGACUUCCCGAACGUCGAACUCGGAGACGGUGUGGGACAAGAUAACACGGCUGAAAUGGGCGUGAAGAGCUCUGGUGUGGAUUCGUACGGAUUGGAAAUUAGUAGAGAAAAUGUGAAGGGAAGUUCAUCGAAGGUGCCAGUGAUAGCAGAGCCGGAGAAGUUGCCGAAAAGAGGUUUCGAUCGAAUCAGCUGCCUUCUCACAUUCUCUACUUUUCAGAAGUGUUCCACGUGGAAACAAUAUCGAAAACAAUGGAUUCUGAAAUGGAAGCGCUUCCUUUCCCGACAAAAGCCUCAGUUUAUCAGCACAGAAGUCCUCGAAGUCACAAAGGAUCGGCAGAAGAACUUAACAUAACAGUCGAGGUGGAGACACCGAAGAUGCUGAUUCUGGAGAAUGAACCAAAUGAGGAGAAGAUGAAGUUGACGGAGAGCGAACCGGUGAAAUGUGAAAAAGCCGAUUAUCUUGUUAGCAGUACACUGUUGCUGACGACAUUAGUUGUGAUGCAGGUGGGCAGAAGUGAAGGAAGGUUGACGCAGGAGAAAACGGUUUCAGGUCAUUUCCGUCAUGGCUCUUAUCACGCAACGUUUCUACUACAAGAAGUCUAUUGAUAAGCUCAUUUACCAGGACGAUCGGCCCGCGUCGAGGAAGUACUGA